AUAACUAACUGAGAUACCUAACACUAAUCUCCUUAAUUUUCUUUUCUUUUCUCCUUCAUUUUCUUUUCUUCCAAGAAAACUUAAAAUGUCUUCUGAUCAGAGAGCAGCGCUGAGAAAAUGGAUGGCGGCGGAGUCUCAGGCUUUGAGUGUUCAAGCCUUUACUAACCCGGAAGUUUUGAAGAUUAGAACAAGAGUUGCUGAAUUCAUCACUCAACAAAAUCGAAAUUAUGAUCCGUAUAAAUCCUUCAUUCGGUAUGUUGCUUUGGGGUUCUUCGACAGAUUCAUUUCAAGAGAUACAAUGCCGAGUUUCAAAAACGGACUUGACGUUUACAACAUUCGCUUGGUGGGAAUCAGUUGCCUUUUUAUCGCUCUGAAAAUGAGAGAUAAAACCUUGGACAUCAAAGCUUUUAUGCAAAAACGCGCUAAUUUGUAUCUGAAUGUGAAUGAUAUCAACAUGGUCGGGAGUCGGAUUCUCAAGGUUAUCGGACCGCCUACAGAUUGUGUAAAUCCACUAUUUUUCGUGACGAGCUUGCUGUCUUUAGUAGGAGAACUAGACAUCAGUAACAAAUUAAAUGUCAUCAGGCUGAUAAUGAAUUCAGAAAAAGAGUUAAAAAUUACACAAUAUCCACCUUCAACAAUAGCAGCAGCAGCUGUUCUUAUGACUGUCAGCACCAUCAGUAAAGCAAAGAUGGAGGAUUCUAGGGUGACAUUUACUGGCACAGAUACCGGAAUGAUGAUGAACAAAAUAACUAAUUGUACAGUAGUGAUCAAAGAUUCUUACGGUGGAUUUAUACUCCCAAAUCCGAAGAAGAAGAGAAUUUCUGGAAAUGAAGCAUCAAGUUCGAAGGGAGAAGCAUCGAGUUCCAAGGCAGAAAAUCUGAGCUCCAAGGCAGAACAAUCGAGAUCAAAUUAUAUGCAAUCUGAGAAAAAGCUUGGCAAGCAAGCAUUUGUUGAAACCGAUGUGGAAGAGGAUAUUGACCUGACAUGGAUGAUGGAAGAAGAUGAGGAUCUGAAUCCUGUGUUUCCAGUUGCAAAAAACAAGAUUAAAGCUUCAGUUCAAAAACUAUUUACUUGCUGCAGCAAGAUUGAUUGAACCUAAUGAGGGAAACUGUUUAGUUUUUGCGUUUAUUAGCUGAACUAUCAUCGAUAUUCUAGAUACACACACAUUCAUAGCCAAUAACAAACUCUGAUUAAAUGUGACUUUGAGUAUCAUGUUAUUAGAAGUUGGUUACUUUACUCUGUCUCCAAAUUUCUGAAACGCAUUUUGUUAUCUCUAUAGCACCGCAUU